CCUAUGCAGCAUAAAUAACGUAAACACCGAGCGACUUUGGUGGGGUGGCUAAAGCAUAAAUAGAAAUUCACCAUGGGACGAACUUUGACAGAGCUGGAAUUUGUGACCGCGGCCCGGCAGUUUUAUGAUUUUUCCCGGCAAAUAUCGGACAACUGGGAGCUUGUAGAAGGAUCUUCAACCAAUGUGGUUUAUCUGAAAAAGCAGUGGAAACAGUCGUUAAAUCUAUCGAUUGGUCAACCAGCCACAGAAACUGUUUGCGAUGAGCUACCUGUUGUAAAGGAUUCGUCCAGUGCUGAGCCGGAAGAUGCUUGCUUGCUUUACAACUGUGAAUAUCACGUCGUGUACAGUAUUAGCUAUCAGGUUCCAGUUUUAUACUUCAAUAUCUAUAAGUCAGAUGGAAGCAUGCUAACUCUAGAGGAGGCAUGGAAAGGAUUUCAAGAGUUUUGCGGUGAGAGCCGAGAACAGUUGCGACAAACUUUAACCCAAAUGGAACAUCCCGUACUGUUUAGGCCCUUCCUAGCGCUGCAUCCUUGCCGAACCUCAAAGGUUCUCGAAAAUGUAAGCACGAACGGAAACGUGAUUGUGGCGUUUGUUUCCUCCUACGGUCCAUUCAUUAAUUUAAAUCUUGAUAUAAGAUAUGCAGCAUUAACUCAACAUUAAGAACUUUGUAAAGUCUUAUGUAAUAUUUAAGUCUUAUUGAAUGGAUGGAAAAUGAAUCUUUUUAACGUAACUACUAAUAACAUGCUUGUGAAUACUUACUACACGAGCCAGUUAAUAUAAGCUUUACGUAAAGAAAAGUUCAUUUUUCACUCUCGAAAUACCAAAAUUUGUAACGUUAAUCCAACACUUGGCGCAAUAUUCAAAUCCUGUGUAACAGCUUCGCUUUCUUAAUACAUACAUAAGGUAAGAUUGUACUGAGCUGUAAAUAAAUAUAUGUCGGUUAAAUAAAUUUUAUUCAU